CUGGUCUGAUCCCCGUCCGUUGUUGUGUUUGUUCCUGGCGAUAUCUCCUCCUCUUCUUCUUCUUACUCUUCUUCUUCUUGGGAUUAUAUAUAGCAUCCUGGUCUGAACUUCAUCUCUUCUUUCUCUCUCUCUUCUUCUCAUCCCGCUCGCUCAUCCACUCCCUCUCCUCCCUCUCCCCCAUCUCCCUGAGCAUGGCCAUCAUCGUCCAGCUCGUCCAGGGCCUGCAGUCCCUGGCCAGCCACCUCACCAACCCCGCCAACCUCUCCCAGAUCCUCUCCACCCUCGCCAUCGGUAUCGCCCUUAUCUUGAUCCUCACCCAGAUCGCCCAGCGCAUCAACGUCGACAAGAACGCCCCGCCCGAGGUCCCCUACUGGAUCCCCUAUCUCGGAUCCGCCAUCUCCUUCAGCGUCAACCCCAUCAAGUUCUACGAGGACAACCGCAAAAAGUACGGCGAUGUCUACACCUACACCAUGGUCGGUCGCAAGUUCACCGUCUGUCUCGGCACCGAGGGCAACAACUUUGUCUUCAACGCCAAGCUCGCCGAUGUCUCUGCAGAGGAGUCCUACAAGCCCUUGACCACCCCUGUCUUUGGCAAGGGCAUCGUCUACGACUGCCCCAACCACAUGCUGAUGGAGCAAAAGAAGUUUGUCAAGUGGGGCAUGUCCAACGACGCCUUCAGAGCCUACGUCCCCGAGAUCGAGGAGGAGACCCUCACCUACUUCAAGCGCUGGAACAACAAGACUGGCGGCAGAGGCGACCUCUUCACCGCCAUGGGAGAGUUGAUCAUCAACACUGCUUCGCGUACCUUGAUGGGCCCCGAGAUCCGCUCCUUGAUGGACGAGUCUGUUGCCCAGCUUUACCAUGAUCUCGACGACGGUUUCCAGCCCAUCAACAUGUUCUUUGAGUGGCUCCCCCUCCCCUCGUACUUCCGCCGCGACUCUGCUCACCGUAAGAUGCGUGGUAUCUUUAUGAAGGUCAUUGAGGAGCGCCGUGCCAAUAACAUCACCGACAAGACCGACAUGCUGCAGUCUCUCAUGAACCAGACCUACAAGGACGGAACCCCCUUUACCGAUGUCGAUGCCUGCCACUUGAUGAUCGCCCUCUUGAUGGCCGGUCAGCACACCUCCUCGACCACUGCCACCUGGGCGCUCUUGUUCCUGGCCCAGAACCCCGAUCUGGUCAAGGACCUGCUUGCAGAACAAAAGGACGUCCUCGGAUCACUCGAUGCUCCCCUGACCUUUGACUCUCUGAAGGACAUGACUCUCCUGGACCACGUUAUCCGCGAGACCCUCCGCCUUCGCCCACCAAUUAUCAUGAUUCUCCGUAUGGUGCUCCGCCCUCUUGCUUACCCCGGUACGGACUAUGUGAUCCCCCCAGGCAACUACAUUGCUGCCUCGCCCAUUGCGACCCAGGUCGACGAGAAGUUUUACAAGAACGCGUAUUCGUUCGAGCCCCGGCGCUGGGAGAGUAUUGUGGAGGAGGAGACUGGAGAGACGAUCGACUAUGGAUUCGGAAAGAUUGCUGGAGGUGGAGCCAGGAACCCCAACUUGCCCUUUGGCGCAGGUCGUCAUCGUUGCAUCGGAGAGACGUUCGCGUAUGUCCAGCUCAAGACUGUGGUCUCGACAUUUAUUCGCCUGUACGACUUUUCAUUGACGGAGAAGGGCAUGCCCGGUUCAGACUACACAAAGAUGUUUGUCCAGCCCGUAUUACCCGUUGAGAUCAACUACAAGCCCAGGAAAUAGAAAGAGAAAGAGAGGGAGAGAGAAGGUGUAGUUCAUUUUCCAUACAAACAUACACAUAAACAUACAUAGUCUAUCAUACAAUAG